GUACGCCAUGGCGCUCUCCAACAACCACAUCUGCCCCGUCCACAACUGGAAUUACAACCAGUCCUGCGAUGUGGAUGGCCCUGGCUCCUGCUGCACGCUGGACCACAUCCCUCUUGUCAGCAAGUGUGGCACUCUGCCUCCCGAGAGCUGCUUCUUCAGCCUCAUCUGCAGUCUGGGCUCCUUCAUGGUCAUCCUGGUGGGGCUGCUGCGCUACGCACACCUCCUGGAGCGCCUUGGCCCGUCCCUCCUCAACACCCUGGGGCUGGCCACCGGUUGGGUCUGUGCCGCUGGCCUCACCAUGGUCGGCAACUUCCAGGUGGAUCAUGCCAAGGUGCUACACUACAUCGGUGCGGGGGUGGCCUUUCCCACCAGCAUGCUGUUCGUGCUCCUGCAGUCCAUCCUCACCUACCGCAUGGCCAAAACCCGCGGGCAGUACUGGACUGGACACUUACGUAGCAUCCUCACUGCUGUGGCCUUCAUCACCCUCAUCUUCAGUGGUGUGUUCUUCAUCCAGGAGAGCUUUGUCCUGCAGCACGUGGCUGCCCUGUGCGAGUGGAUGUUCAUCAUUGAUGUCCUGGUCUUCUAUGGCACCUUCACCUUUGAGUUUGGGGCCAUCUCCAUGCUGAAAGCCAGCCGGGCCCCCAAAAGCUACAAAGGCGAGAGUGGUGUGUCCAGCACAGCCCACAUCCAUAGUCAUGCGGAAGGCCUGGCUAUGGCCUGA